GAAAUGGCAUUCGGAUACGAAACCAAACCAAACAAAACUGAACCGAAAUGGAAUCUAUCCGAAUUGAACCUUGUCAAACCGAAUCUAGGAAAUUAAAACCGGAAAGAGUGAAGAGUGAAGACACAGUCACACUCGGCAGGAGAACAUUUCUGGGUCUUGCGGCGCAUUACCAUUUGCUGGGUCUGGAGAAGAUGGGAUUGCUCUCUAACCAGAUUUCCAGGGAUGAGCUGAAACCAGGAGAUCACAUAUAUUCAUGGCGUACCGCUUAUAUCUACUCCCAUCACGGAAUCUACAUAGGCGAUGGGAAAGUCAUUCAUUUCACUCGCGGAGGUGGUCUAGAGACCGGAACCGGAACUUUCUUAGACAAAUUCAUCGUUAGCUCAAUCCCGAAUCACGGAGGAGACAACCCUUGUCCUAAUUGCGGGAAGCAAUCCGAUCUCGGUGGCGUAAUCUCGUCUUGCCUUGAUUGCUUUAUCGCCGGAGGAGAUCUCUUUCUCUUCGAUUACGGUGUCUCUCCGGCUAUCUUUAUGUCCAAACUCCGAGGAGGCACCUGCACGACAGCAACUUCAGAUCCUCCCGACCAAGUAAUCUCCCGCGCGAAAUCAUUGUUGUCGAGAAACGGGUUCGGUGAUUACCACGUUUUCGAGAAUAACUGCGAAGAUUUUGCCAUGUAUUGUAAGACGAGUUUGGUGGUUGGCAAAAGCUAUGUGUUGGGAAGAAGCGGUCAGGCCAAUUCGGUGAGUGCGGCUGCGUGCGUUGCAAGGAUGCUUAGUCCUUGGGCCAGCAAUGCGAUCCGUCUCUUUUCCGACAUUGGUAUGAGGAACGACGCUGUUAAAGUCCCUGUCGAGAAAUUCCUUGCAAAGGAAAGCUGACUUUGGUUUUUUUAUUUUUGGUUCUGAGCAUUGUUGAUUCAUUAUUUGUUCUCUAAGGGGGUUGAGUAGAGAUUCUGCUUCUGCAUAUUGUUGAAUUGUGGAACUCUAUCAUAUACUAAUUUACAGUUUAAUUGAGUUCUUCAAUGUUUGAUUUUACAUUUCGUGUAUAUUUUUGUUUUGGGAAACCGUAUAAAAAUACAUUUGCGUUUGACGUUUGCACAUAGCACAGUAAUUCGUCUCUUUC